GCCCGUUCCCAUGCCGGAGCUGGCCACGCUGCUGUAGACGAGACCUUCGCGGCGCGCUUGGGUGCGUUAUACCUCCCGCUCUUCCUUUCCCCGUGCCCUCCUUUCCGCACACCCUGCGCGCUUAAGGCAGGCGCCGCCGCGCUGCGGGAGCGGACCGUCCCGCGCCCCGGCCCGGCUGUCCGGGAGCGGGCCGAGCCGGGUGUGGGGCGCUCGGCCACCCGUGCUCCCGGGGGGACGGGAAACCCGGCACUGCCUUCUCGGCAGGGUUUGCCUUGGAGAUGGGGAGAGUCCUUUCGCUUCGUUUUUUGCAUCUGUGAUUUAAAGUCUGCAUAAACUCCCUGGAGUAAAGCCAAUGAUGAAGAAGACUGGGAUACUUGCCAUCUUUAAAUGGCAGUUUUCGUGAUCGCUGGUAACGUACAUGGAAAGUUAGUCAAGCCUGGCAGAGGAAUAAGAAGCGUGAAAGGUCCUUUCUGAGAUUUCUGUUUUCCCUGCUCGUUCUUUCACAGGGAAAUUUCAAAGCCGGAGAGCACGCUGAGUAAUUUCCAAGGCUGAACAAAGCUAGAUUGCAGAUUUGAAACGUAGGGGCUUCCGCAUGAGCUCAUCACGGAAGGAAACAAAGAGCAUUUUCCAAAUAACUAUGGCACCGAUGGUAGAUCCUGUUUUCGCUGCCGCGGAGACGGUUACAAAACGUUAAAGAAACACGCUGUCUGAAGUUACAGGCUUGCUUAGACCUAGUUUAGAGUGCGAAAUGUUUCUUUAUCUCUUUUGAAAGGCUUCCUUAACGCGAGGCUUGAGAUCUGCCCGUAGCCUGAUGAGCACAGCACGCUGUUUGCUUUGCUAAUCACACCGACAGUUGAACGUAGCAGCCAUGGGAGCAAAGGUGGUGUUCAAUAGCAGCGUAAAAUCGUUUGAACCUUGUACAGACGUAGCAGCCUCAGCUUGUUAAUGCCGGCAGGGGGUUACCAUAGCCUUGCGUGUCCUUGUGUGUGAACUUGUAGUAUGUUGUUACUUGCUGCAUAAAAGAAAAACAUCCUUGAUUUUGGCUCUAUGCUGCAUGGACUGUGCACAGCAUGAAAAAGCUCAAAAAUAGGACUAUGAUGAAGUUUAAUAGCAUCAGAGAAGCUGAUUAACAUGGUGGUGGGUUUCUGUCUGCUUGUCUAGCUUGGAAUGGAAAUAACUUGUGCUUUAAGGAGUAAAUAUGUUUGCUUAUACUCUCAGAUGUUUAUUCUAAAAAAAAAAAAAACCCAGAAAGUCUUCUGAACCUUGUUGGCCUAGUCACAAGUCAGCCUAGCCUUAGGCAAAUAGAGUUGUCAGAAAGGUAGUUUCCCAUGCAGUAGGCCAGAAAUUAACCAGUAGGUGUCAACUCAGCUUUAAAAUCUUACGUUUCGUUCAGGGAAGCCUGAAAGUUGAGGAAGACCAGAAAUUAGCAUUCAGGUGCACUUUGAUGUAAUCCUCCUUGAGGUUUUUCUCUCAGCCCUUUUAGGGGACAGGAGGACCGAUGAGUCCUAGAAUUGAUGGUUUUAUUUCUGGAGAUACUAGAAGUAUUAGAAGAGCCCUUUUACUGAGAAAAUCUGGAGUGAUAGUGAACUAAUUUAGUCAGACUUACAGACAGCUGCCUCCCCCAUGACUUGUUUUCCCUUACUGUGCCUGGGGGUUUCCUAUUCCUUUUAACAAAAGGAAGGAAAUUUAUUUUUGUGCUCUGUGUAGGCUAGUGUUUUUCAUUUACUACUCCCAGUGUGACCUUUCAGUAUCGGUGGUGAUGUUAGGCUUGAGCUAUUUGAAAUGAUUAACCAUCUUCCUGUCCCAGCAGCUUUGUACUGAAACAUUUAUUUAUUUAGCACUGCACAGAAAAAUGUUCAGUAUUUUGUUGUGGCAACUCUGGCAAAUCAUAUGUCCACAAGGGCACGCAACCUGCUGGGGCAGCUUUACCUCUGAUGACUAUGAACUUUUAUCUUCCGCGUUGAGAAGAUAUACUGUUUUUUUCUCACCUCAUGUUUUUGGAUAUAAAGAUAAAAACGCUGUUUCAGAUACCGAAGCUCUUCAUGUUGCUCUUAGUCAUUGCCUACUGAGAGCCCUCAGGGUGGGAGUGCUAUUAAGUCAUAAGCUUGAUUUCCUCUACUGCUUUUGAAAAUCCUGUCUGUAAGUACCUGAGGGGUGCUUUCCUGUGGGGGCAUUUUCUGCCUCCCCCUUCUGGAGUAAAUUCCAUCUCACAAAUACUUGAUGCUAGUUUGGAAAUCAGAAGUUAACAGCAAAAAUGCUUUUCCCCUGAUAGAACACUGCACAAUACAGAUUACAGUUCAUGGGAGUGGAAUUCCUGCUUACGGAAGGCCUGAAAACUUUCUUAUCUUACAUGUAAUGCUAUAAUGGGACAAUAAUAGCAGGGUAGCAAAGUCCUUAGCUACAGCAAAUGAGAACAAGCCCAAACAUAGCAGCCACAGAAACGCAGGGAAGGAACCGCUUACCUUUGGAAGGCCUCAGAUAGGCAGGGAUCUCCAGCCAGAGAUGCCUUCACCUCCACUGCCAACCCUUAAAUGAGGUCUGGGAAGGGGUGGAUCCUCACUCCAUCCCUUCCGGUCACUCAGGUGCAUUGCAUUGCGUGCACCUGAGCUCCCUUGGGUUGGCCCUGCCUUCCACCAGGUGCUCAAUCACUGCUUCAGGCCUGGACUUAGCAUUUCCACUACAACUGUGCUUCUCCAAUUAUACCAAGCAGAUCCUUGUGUGAAACAGCACGUUCAAAAGUGCACUCAUUUUUUCUACAGAGUUUGUUUUUGUUGGAAACACUUUAAUUACUUUUCAGCUUGUUCUUAAAUGAUGUGAUGCAAAGAAGAAUACCGUGCCUGUCUCUUUUGGGUUCUGAAGAACAGAACUGUGUCUGAGGAUGUGGUGCUUUACCUGUUUCUGUGCUGUAGCAGUAGUACCAUAAUCAUGCAUUUCUCUACAUGUGUUGAAAGCAUGUGACAUGUGAUACAUGUCGAACUGACUGUUUAGGAGACUGAUAAGCAAAGGUUAUCCACAGCCUUGUUACUGUCAGCUGCUUAAGUGGCCUUGAUGACAUUUUGAGUAUUGCAAAUACAUUUGGUCUCAUUUGCGUGGUGGUAUAGAAGUGUAGGAGUUUUUAAAAGUGAGUAAUACUUGGGUCUUCUAAUGUGGUGAUCUGAUGGUAUUUUACAACAGAAACUUCUGUUUUGCUUCUGAAGGUGGCACCUUGGGGUCAUAGCAGCUGCUUGUGUUAAAAUCCCCUGGUGGUUUAGACAUGUUACCAGAAAUAUGGUUUUUGUUGGUUUUUGUUUUGUUUUGUUUUUUGUUCUUUAAAUAGUGAUGUCUUUUCCUGCUAUUCUGUCUGUCAUAAAGUGGAGGAAAAAUCCACUGCAGUCUUUGACUCCAUAGAAAAUACAGCUCACAAGGGUAGAUGUAGAUAAAAAGAGACUUUGCUGUAGGAACUUAAAUUUGAUUUGCUCUUUUAGUGAGAAGUAGAACUUAGCCUAUGGUUUAUUCUGAUCCUACUCUUACACGUCCUCUGUGUAAAGUCAGUUAGGUGUAUAGAAUUAUUUUUUCAUUCAAACAGCUCUGAAAUGAUAAUUGAUUUUAAAAAAGCUUUUAGAUGAGUUCACCUUAUCUGCUUAAUGCACAGAGAUAGCAUGUGAUGUUGAAUGUGACUUCCAGGGCUGAAACUGAUUUAAAAAAAUGUUAUCUUGGUCUUACAGUCUGACUAUAUGUCUUUGAUGCUCUACUGGGCUUUGUUUUACUGUGUGGUUUAUGCAAAACCAUAUGCAGUGUAUUAACUGAACUAAGAUUAGGCUAAGAUUUAUCUUCAGAUUGUUCAUUUCAUCUUUCUCAGUGUACGUAAUGGGGAUCAGAGAGGGACAGAAAGAAUUUCCGUAAUGUCAACGGAAAUUGAUCAUAGCACUGUAGUUACUUUGUUAAUCGUGAGGGUUUUUUUCUUUCUAGUUCUGAAUUUUUAUUUCAGUUUUCUUGGGUAUCACGUGAAGAAAGAGGUGGUCUCUGGCUUAUCUGUGCCUUCAGAGUUAACCACCUGACAUACUGAAGGUUGGAAUUUUUUCUUUGAGUGGUUCUUUGACCUUAUUGAGCGCGGAGAGCGUGGGGGAGGAACCCUUCAAACCCUGGUAACUCAUUCAGAGUGGAAUCACUUAAAGUAGUACUAGUAAAUAAGGCAAUCUACGUGUUCCCGAAUUUGAAGAAUUACUUACUUCAAAAUGCAUAUAGUUACAGCUGAACACCAGAGACGUGCUGUAGCAGAUAUGGAGUUCAUGUCAUGUUGGCCUCCUGUUUAAAAGAAGGAAGGCUAGCAGUUUUAAAGGGACAGCGAGAAAGUGAUGACCAAGUGCCAAGUACCAGCUGUCCUUAUUCACCAGAUUGAAGAAGAAUUGGAUAAAGAAGAAGUUGAUAUGAUGGUUUUCCUGUGCCGAGACCUUGCUCCUGACUUGGCUACUGCUGGCCUUAGAGAGCUUUUGGGGGCUUUGAAUGAAAGAGAUAAACUGUCUCUUCUUGGUUUGUCUGAGCUGUUGUACAGAGUUAAGAGGUUUGAUUUGCUGAGGAGGAUCUUGAAGACUGAGAAGACAACAGUGGAAGCUAACCUUACUAGGAAUCCCAGACUCGUCCCUGAUUACAGGGUACUAAUGGUAGAGAUCAGUGAGAAUCUGGAAAAAGAUGAAGUGAGUUCUCUUGUUUUUCUACUCCGAGAUUUUGCUCCUCGAAUGAAAAUGGCAAAAGAUAAGAGUUUUCUACGUCUAAUUAUUGAACUGGAAAAGCUGAAUUUGGUGGCUCCAAAUCAACUGGAUUUGAUAGAAAACUGUUUCCGAAAUAUUCACAGGAUAGACCUAAUUAAGAAGAUUGAGAAGUAUAAGCAAGAAGCUUUCAUAUCCUCCGUUCAUUCUCAGCCUGUGUAUGUAAAUGCCCUUCAGGCAUCUCUCCCUAAUCUCAGUCUGAUUGAUCCUCCUUACAAUUCAGGGAACAUGAACAAAGAAAAAUCACAAAAUGGAGAAAUAUUCUUUCAAGAAGAACCAGUCCACGUGUCCAUUCAAGAAUCUGGACCAGCCUCACAUAAGUUUCCUCAGGUGUACAGAAUGCAAAGUCAGCCUUUAGGAGUAUGCCUGAUUAUAGACUGUGUUGGUUAUGACACAGAUAUGUUGGAAGAGACCUUCAGAGGCUUAGACUAUGAAGUUCAUUGUCACAAGCACUUAAAUGUGACCACCAUGAAUGAAACAUUGAUUAAAGUUGCAAGGUUACAGAAGCACAGGAGUUGUGACAGCUUCAUUUGUAUAUUGGUCAGCCGUGGAAAUGCUCAGAGCAUCUUCUGUACGGACACCAUCUCUACUGGAUUCCCUUUGGAGCAAAUAAAGAAAUACUUUAUGGCAGAUUCAUGUCCUGAACUCCGAGGAAAACCAAAGCUUUUCUUUAUUCAGAGCUACAUUGUGCCAGAAGAUGAGCAAGAAUAUACUAGUCUGGAAAUAGAUGGAAAUGAUAAGAAAAUCAUCUCUAGAGCAAAAACGCCCUUGAAAGACACUAUUCCUCAAGUAGCAGAUAUCUUUUGGAGUCAUAGCAAGGUGGAUGUGUCUACACUAGAAAAAUCUCCAAGACCAUCCUCAUAUUAUCUGCGUUGUUUGGCUGAGCUACUCCGCAAUCCUCAUAAAAGGAAACUCUCUAUAUUAGAUAUCCAUACGGAACUGAACAGAAGAGUCUAUGAAUGGAAUAAGACAACUGACCCAAGCCAGCAGUACUCACUUCUGCUCCAGCACACACUGAGGAAAACACUUAUUCUUUCUCCAGUUAACUGCUAUUGGAAAGGACAUGUCUGAAGUAGCUAAUGAGGAGUGCUUCCUCUGACUCAGUUUCUACCACACUUUUACUUUAGACAUUAUUACUGCACAUGUGCCUAGUGCUUCCAAACCCACAUGUUUUGAAGCAUUUUAGGUUGUUUAGGCACUAUAGAUUUUUAACAUGAAAGACUGAAAGCCUGGAUGGUAACAGCAGCUGUUGUAUAGAACGGCAACAGAUCUUACAAGCAAGUGCAACAGGUAAACAGUGUGGAAAGAGCUCUAAAAUGUACGGUUGUUGGAUGCUCCAGGGUUCUGUUUUUAUUGUUUGGUUGUUUCUAUUUUAGCGUUCUUGAUAUCAGUGCACUGAAGUAGGCUUUUGUUGCUUAAAACAAAGACAGGCCAGAGCAAAUCAUUGAAAUUUAGUGUGCAAACCGUUUAAAUUCACUGGGUACUUUCUCACCACUUAAAACAUGUCAGGAGAAGAUGCUUACUCAGCAUACCUCCAUGCAAUUAAGCAAAACAAAAGUAAGAGAGGGAUGGUCUUUUUAAAUAAUCUGUCUUGUGUAUUGGAAGUUCUAAUUCACCCAGAACCCUGUAUUGUCAGUACUAUCCAUAGCACACGAGGAUUGUAUGCUAAUAAAUCAAUCUGACAUGUUUUGUUCUGUGUUCACCACUGAUACAAAAAUGCCUCUAUGUGUGGCAGGGCUUUGUAGUAGUCUGUGCAGGUUAGAAAAAUGAAUAGUGGGAUUUUGGCAGGUGUUCCAGGGAUGCUGAAACGCAAUUCACUGUGUGGUACCAGGCAAAGUAUAAGUACGCUGUUUAACACAUUUGAACCAAAACAUAACAACCACUGCUUCUUAAGACCAAGUAAAAUUAUUCCAACACCCUCCCACAUACACCUCUUUUGAUCAUGGAAAAGGUUUUAUCAGUUUAUUAACUGAUCUUGUUUUGUUUUGUUUUGAAUUGCUCUAAUCUAUCAAGAAAAGGCAGUGGUGAAAGUUGUUUCCUCCAAUAGAACAUAUGCUUAAUACAAAAAGUUCGGCUGACCUACUUGUUAUGUAACAGUAUAACCUGGAUGGCUUAUAUUGAAAUUUAUUGAUGAGUUUAUAGCAUUCGCUUCCCUCCUUACAUAGUCUACUUGCAAAAUUUUAGUGCUACUAUAGUUUCCUGAUCAGGAAAAAAUGCUUUUUCAUUUCUCAAUAUUAUGUUGUACUUCGAGAUGUUGGAUUGACAUCAUUUUUGAUAAUCCCAUGUUUUAUUUUUUCUUUUAAAACAAUCUUCUUGUAUAUUAAUUCAGAAAAAUAGCAAAUGAGUUUUCAAGUAGCUUCUAUAAUUGAAAGUAAAGUCACAUUUAUCUGGUGUAGUAGGUGUCUAACUCCAUUAAGCUCACAGAAGUCCUUCCUUGUCACGUGGUAUAGGUCCAGUUUCUUCCUGGCUUGAGAGGUUCCUAAACUGCUGAUUGAGGAGAAACCCACUGAACAGGUUUUACCUUAAAGUCUUUCUUUAGCCAUCUAUAUGUGAUGUUAAGAUCACAAGAUGUAUUUAUUUAUAUUAAUAUACACUUUUGUAUAAUAUAUAUAAAAUACAUUUUAUAUCAUUACACUGAAGUCUUCAGUUGUUAUGUCUUUUUAAUUCUGUAAACUUUAAAAUUUUGGUUUUUGUAUCCUUUUUUUGUGUUGAUUGUAGAAAGUAAAAUACACGAUUGUGAUGAAGAAUGUUUGCACAAAUUGGAAAAAUAUUUUGCAUAUUACAGACCUAUGUAUAACAUACUUCUAACUUUCCACUUAAUAAGGUAGUUUCCCUUUAAAGAUAAGUAUAUGAAAACUUUUCAAUAGCUUUGAAUUGAAAAACAUGACCCCUAAUUGUAUCUUAAGUUAGGGGUACAUGUAUUGUCUGUGUUACUGUAAUUUAAGUAGAUCCAGGUAUAAGAAGACAAAGAUAGUAAAAAGUUGUUCUCUGUAAGCAUUAAUGUAGAAAAUACGAAAUCCAAUUUCAUUAUGUUAUAGGUCUGGAAAUAAAUGCAUUUAUAGUUUUGAGUGGGAAGGUCAAUUCUUCCUUUCAGUUCCUACUUUAUAAGAAAGGGCCUGUUAAACUGGCUCUUUUCAUACACUAAUUCCAUACUGCUUCUGUCUUAAAUGAUAGCUUGUCUUUAAAAAAUAUGUUCUGAUGUAUUUCACGCACAAAAGUAGAAAACUUUAGCGCUUUGCAUCAACAGAAGGGUCUAUAUUGUAUGUGAUAGUUAAUAAAAAUAGCCUUCACUUUUAUCUCUGAAUAUUUCAUAACUGACUAGCUUAUAAUAAAAUAAAGCACAAGUGUAAUUUUGAAAUUACGUAAGAAAUUAGAGAAGGAUUAUAAAAUGACAAAUUUGGAGCCUUACUAGUUCCUAUUGCGACUGGUAAGGGAAGCAAAUGGUGUGGCAAAAAAUAUAGACUCUUCUGUGGCUGUGUAAAUCAGGUUUGAUUCGUAAUUGUCAUAUGUAAGUAUGUGAUACUAAUAAAUGUUAUUCCCUUCACAAAUUAA